CGCCGGGAGCGCGGCCAGCGCCGCUCCAGAAGAGGCGCCGGGAGCCGCAGGAUUACAGCGCCGGCUCCGCGGGGAUCGGCAGCGCUGCGGCGGCUGGGGAGGCUCGGCUGCAGGUUGAACUUUGCCACCUGAAAGACUUAAACACAGCUCCUCUGAGACAAGCAGAAUCACUGAAUUCAGGAGAGUGAAGAUGCUGCUGCUGCUGUGGGAGCAGCUGUUCCUGGUGUCAUUUGUUGGCUGCCUUGCAGAUGUGGAGAGCUCCAGGACGAGGAUGAGGAGCGCGGUGUCGGUGCGCGAGGGCCAGGGGGUCGUGCUGCUCUGCGGGACCCCGCCCCGGGCAGGAGAGCUGUCGUUCGCCUGGAUCUUCAACGAGUACCCGUCGUUUGUGCAGGAGGACAGCCGGCGCUUCGUGUCCCAGGAGACAGGCCACCUGUACAUAGCCAAGGUGGAGCCCUCGGACGUGGGCAACUACAGCUGUGUGGUGACCAGCAGGGCCAGCAGCAGCCCCGUGCUGGGCUCGCCCACGCCGCUGGUGCUGCGCACGGACGGUGUGAUGGGGGAGUAUGAGCCCAAAAUAGAAGUUCAGUUCCCGGAGACGCUCGCAGCAGCCAAAGGCUCCACUGUGAAGCUGGAGUGCUUUGCUCUGGGAAACCCUGUGCCUCAGAUUAACUGGAGAAGAACUGACGGGCUGCCAUUUCCAAGUAAAAUAAAGCUGAGGAAAUCCAAUGGCAUGAUUGAAAUCCCUAAUUUCCAGCAGGAGGAUGCAGGGCUCUAUGAAUGCAUUACUGAAAACUCCAGAGGAAAAAACAUUGCCAGAGGACGUCUCACUUACUAUGCAAAGCCUCACUGGCUCCAGACCAUCAAGGAUGUGGAAGUUGCUGUGGAGGACACUUUAUACUGGGACUGCAGAGCAAGUGGGAAGCCCAAACCAUCCUACAGGUGGCUGAAGAAUGGAGAGCAGCUGGCAAUAGAGGGAAGGAUCCAAAUUGAAAAUGGUGCACUUACAAUAUCAAAUCUAAAUCUGACAGAUUCUGGCAGAUACCAGUGCAUAGCUGAAAAUAAACAUGGUGUCAUCUCUUCGAGUGCAGAGCUCAGGGUUGUAGCUUCUGCUCCAGAUUUUUCCAAGAGUCCAAUGAAGAAACUGAUCCAGGUUCAGAUAGGCAGCACAGUUGAUUUUGAGUGCAAACCCAAAGCUUUCCCUAAGGCCAAAUAUUCCUGGAAGAAGGGAGGUGAGCAGCUACACGAAAAUGAAAGGGUCACCCUGUUAAAGGAUGGAGGACUGAGGAUUGCCAACGUGACCAAGGGCGAUGCUGGCAGCUACACCUGCCUGGCCACCAACCAGUUUGGAGCAGCCAGGGGCUCCACCAGCCUCAGAGUCACAGAGCCAACCAGGAUCACCUUGGCACCUUCCAACAUGGAUGUGACCGUGGGGGAGAGCGUGGUGCUGCCCUGCCAGGUGCAGCACGAUCCCCUGCUGGACAUCAGCUUCACCUGGUACUUCAAUGGGACCCUCACAGAGCUGCAGAGGGAUGCCUCUCACUUCGAGAAGGUUGGAGGGAGUGCCUCAGGGGAUCUGAUGAUCAGGAACAUCCAGCUGAAGCACAGUGGGAAGUAUGUGUGCAUGGUGAAGACAGAGGUGGACAGUGUGGCCUCUGCUGCAGAGCUCAUUGUGAGAGGCUCUCCUGGGCCCCCUGGGCAGGUGAGGGUGGACGAGGUCACGGACACCACAGCCCAGAUCUCCUGGCAGGAGGGCACAGACAACCACAGCCCCGUCACCACCUACAGCAUCCAGGCCAGGACUCCCUUCUCGGUGGGCUGGCAGAGAGCCACCACAGUUCCGGAUGUGAUCGAUGGGAAAACCUUCACCAGCACAGUAGUGGAUUUAAAUCCUUGGGUUGAAUAUGAAUUUCGUGUAGUUGCCAGUAACAAAAUAGGAGGUGGAGAGCCUAGUUUGCCCUCAGAAAAAGUAAGAACUGAAGAGGCAGUUCCCGAAAUUCCCCCGUCCGAGGUCAGUGGGGGAGGAGGCAGCAGAUCUGAGCUGGUCAUAACGUGGGAUCCCGUCCCUGAGGAGCUGCAGAACGGGGAAGGCUUUGGCUACGUGGUCGCCUUCCGGCCCCUGGGCACUACGACGUGGAUCCAGACCGUGGUGACCUCCCCUGACACCCCCAGAUACGUCUUCAGGAACGAGAGCAUCCUGCCCUUCUCGCCCUACGAGGUCAAAGUCGGGGUCUACAACAACAAAGGAGAGGGGCCCUUCAGCGCUGUCACCACGGUGUUCUCAGCUGAGGAAGAGCCCAGCACAGCCCCCUCGGGGGUUUCUGCCACCAGCCUGUCCUCCUCGGCCAUCCAGGUGUCCUGGACAGCCAUCCCCUGGAAGAUGAGCAAUGGAAGGCUGCUGGGCUAUGAGGUUAGGUACUGGAAUAAUGGCCAAAAAGAAGAAUCUUCAAACAGAGUGAAAGCAGCAGGGAAUGAAACAUCAAUCAAAAUUACGGGGUUGAGGAGCAACUUGGCUUAUUUCACAGCAGUGCGUGCCUACAACAGUGCUGGGGCAGGGCCCUUCAGUGCCACCGUCAAUGCCACCACCAAAAAACCACGUGAGUACCAGCCUGAGAAAUGGGGAGAGCCACAAAUGGGGUGGCAGAACUUGGAGGAGGGGGCAUUGCUGGGAAUCACCAUGUGAGUGACCCAAAUUUCUGCACAGAGCUGCAGCAGGGUGAGUAAAACCCAAUCCUGCCAAGGAAGAGCUGGGAUUUCUGCACAGAACCUUUAUUAUGCUGCUAAUGACUGGGAGAAAUUGAAAAGAAAAAUCUCUGUUAUUUAGAAGGGGGUUAAAAAAAAGAGACUUGUUGAAUUUUUCAGUGUUCUAUAACAUAUUUAUAAGUUCUCUGGGGCAUGGCUUUUGAAAUGCAAUGAACCUCAUGGAGUUCAUGCAAAACAAUCCUUCAUGUCCACUGCUUCCCCUUGAACAAAUUGCACAGGAGGCCACUCUGCUGCUGCAAAGGCAAAAUUAAGCUGGAGAACAGAUUGUCAAAGGCUGCACUAAUUUUUCUACAAGUGGAAAUAUUUUUAGUGUGCUCUUCCAUUGUAAUACAGCUCAGAAUCAGGGUCAUCAGUCUUGAAGUGUUUCUGUCAGAGGCACAAGAACACACAAUUAAAUCUGUCUGAAGGGUCAAACUCCCUGCAACAGUCAUUAACAUCCCCCGAGCAGACGGAGUUGUAGCAUUAAUAUUAUGGAAUUAGCUAGUUUAUCAGAAAUUAUUGUAGGCAAAAAUGAGUGUCAGUCUGUCACUGAGGACUAAACCAGCUCAGAUUUGCCAGAGUUUAAAUGUAUUAUGUGCACAAUUACCAUGAACUGGCUGAAGUGACUGACUGCCUGCAGCCUGGACAGGGCAUGGGAAAAGGAAUUUUUUUCUAAUUAAAUCAUCUUGGUGGCUGCUCGCUGGAGGUGGUGCCAGGCUGGUCAGCUGAAGGAUUUUCAGUCCUUUUUUUAGUGUUCCCCCCACUUUUGGGAUGUGUGACUGAGAGCUGGACAAGCCCCUGAUGUGACCAGGAUCUGGAUCAGGCUCUUGGGCCAGUCACUGCUGUUUGGAAUAAUUAAAAAUUAAAAUUAAUUGCAUUAUGUCCAUGGAUCUUUUAAGGAGAGCAAGACCAUGUAAUGUCAGUCUGAAGAUUUUGAUGAAUUAGUUGAAUUGCUAAGAAAAAUAAUUCUCUAUGCUACUGCAGUAGAAACUGAUUUUUCAUUCAAAUGUGUGAUCUGUAAUCAAUCCCAAUUUGUAAUUUAAUUUGAAUAUUUGUGAUUGGUGUGGUUUUCACUGUGAAGGAUUUGCAUCCCCCAGGUACAUCUCAGAAACUCUUGCCAUGUCAAGAAAUACAAAUAGUUCAAUUCUACUGGCAGUGUAUUUCAAAUUGAAAUUGAGCCUUUGACAAUUAAAAUAUCUUUGCUUUUAAAUUUGAAAUAUUCAUAUUUACAGCCUGGAAUAACAAGUGGAGAUUUAAAUAUUGCUGUGUGAAAUGCCAAGUGACAAUUAUUUCACAUUUAAAAUAAACCAGGGUUGUGUCCAUCAGCUAAUUGUGAGAAAUGCUCCUGGCUGGGAGCUUUCAGCACCUGAGCAGCUCAGAAAUCCCUGCAGCUCCCUGGACAUUCCUGACGUGUCCUGAUGAUCAGGACCUGCCACAAACGAGGUUCUGAACAUGAUGAUUGCUGGGGAUUUUGGUGUCUGCAGCAAAUGGAGUUCUGAAUCCCACAGACAGAGGCUUGCAGCUCUUACAGAUAAUUACUCUUCAUUUUUUCCCACAUGUCAUCUUAAUAUUUUGUUGUGGAUUUCAAGGAUGACUCAUUUCCUUUGAAAUUCAGCUGUAAUAUCUCAGUGUGAAAACGAUUCAUACAUGCUGUAACACUUCAUUCUCAGGAGUGAAACAAUCUCCUCUUACAUUUACAACAAGUGGUUAUUAUUAGAAUAUCAGGUUAAAUCUUCCUCAGUACAUAGAACAAGACAAAUAAUGAAAAAAAAAUAGCUGUGGGUGGUUGGUUGACUUUGGAAUAAUUUUUUUUUAAGCCUCACAGGGUUUUUAUCUUUUUUUUUUUUUUAGUAUAAUCUUUUUUUGUUCAGGUGAGGUUUGAUCUGGCUGCUUAUGGAAAGAAGGCAGGGAACUUCCUGUGUGAAAGAAUUGAAAAGAGGAGAGGGGAAAAAGAGGAAAAAAUCCAUAAGCAAAUGGAUGCAAGUGUUCCAAACCACUCUGAGUGCUCAGAGCUGGAACCUCCAGUCUCAAAGCACAGCUCAGUCCACCUAAGCAGCAAUUGCCUCCACUAGGUGACAGCAACAGUAAAUUGUUUUCCUUAACACAUUUAGAAAAGAUUUUAAUCAUUGAUUUGUGUCACUGCAGGACCCAUUUUCUGGGAAACCAACCUGAGGUGUUUGAAGAGGUUUGCAGUUCCCUGAAAGCUUGGCACCUCCAAGGUGCAGGAAGGGGCAGAGCCCAGAGCAUGCAGCUGCUUUGGAAAUAACAGGCUUGGGUUGCUAAUGAACAAAAAAUCCCAGCAGGUUUCCUUGGCCAAAGCCCACUUUUGGCACAGGCUCAGUUCAGAACCACAACUCGAGUUGGAAGAACCAACAGACAAAAAAACCUUCAAAUAUUUUACAUAAUAUCUUACAGUAAAUCAACAUAGUGGGUAAAUUUGAAUAUUCACUGAGACUAAAUUUGUCUAACAAUCUAUGGUGAAGAAUUUUUUCUUGGCACUGUAUUAAAAUUGGAAAUUGUCUGUUACCAUCAUUAGAGUUUGUUCUAAUUAAUCACCCGUGUCCUAAGGCACAUGCUUCUGUCUGGCUGUAUUGAAGGAAGGACCAGCAACAGAUAUUUCAGCUUCAGAAACAACAUUUCUGUGCCAUUCUGGCUUUUUCCUUCCUUCUGUUUUUGGAAUUUAUCCUCUGAACCAUAAAGUGCACAGAGAGGAGCUUGCACUGGAGCUGCUGCAUCCCAAAUGUGACGACAGCCAGUCACCUGAGCUGGAGGAUCAAUCACCAGUGCCAAUUAAAUUAAAGUCCUGCUUUUUGUUGUGUGUUUGAAGCACCCAGCCAACCCCCAGGAAACGUGGUGUGGAAUGUCACAGACUCCAGAGUCAUCCUGAGCUGG